AUGAAAAGUUCAGACAGGAGGGGAGGUUUAAAGGGAAGUGAUGCAAGUGAGGGUAAAGAAGGUGAAAGGAAAGUUAAGUCUAAUAACCUAAGAGCAAAAGAGUACAGAGACAGAAAGAAACAAUACCUCACUAAGCUAGAGGAAACUAACAAGAAACUUGUCCAAGAAAAUAUGGCAUUGAAAUAAAGAAAUAUGGGAGUUAAAGAAAGAGAUUAGCAGUAUGAAGCCAACAAAAUUAUAUCAAAAUGAGAGCAAGGCUAAGAUAGAUCACCAUGAAAAUUUUGCAUUUGUUAAGCUACCAAAAAUGUUCAAAGAAAAUCCAGAUAGUGUUCGGUUCAGUCAAAUAGAAAUGGCUUUGAGCGAUCUGAGUGAAUGGGGUCCUGACAGAGUCAAUGUUGUUAAGAAAGCAUUUGAUGAUAUUUUAACUUAUAUGGUAUCCAAAGAUAACAAAUGCUUUCAUGCUGUGUACAAGAAGAUGAACAUGAGCGAAUAUCUUAACAAACUUGGAAGAAAACGAGUAAUCAAGAAUAAAUAUAAAGAACUCGAAGAGCCAGGCCCAGAAGAAAUUGCCCUAGAUCUUAAUCUAUCAGACGAUCUAAUGAAUUACCUUAAAAAGAAUGGGCAUGGAUUCAUGCAGACUACUAGAACUUACAAGAAGCUUGUUAAACAAUUGAUUACCAUAAGAAACGCUAUCAUAACAGCUGGUCAAGAGAAGCAAAAGUAUCAUGACCAGACAAAGAUUUACGAAUCUCACUCUAAAUUAGACUUUAUCAAGGUAUCAGACCUUGUGAAGAAACUCGAUGGGUCAAAAUUCGUGUCUCCUCAUUCCUUAUGGGAUCUGCCUGUAAGAGAUCCUGAUUCUGAUAUCUAUAAAGGCUGUGAACUCUCUGAAUAAAUUUUAGAAUAAUGAACGUUUCGUUAUGAGCUUUUAAAGAU